AUGUACGACGAUGAUAGACCGCGGCACCACUACAGAGCAAGAUCGCGCGAACGAGACUACAACCGGGACUACGAUCGUGACUAUGACCGAGACUACGACCGAGGACGAAGCAGCUAUCGCCGUAGCUCCAGGUCGCCGCGCCGCGAACGGGACGAGGGCGAUUAUGAGUACUAUCGCUCGCGGAAUGACGAUCAAGGUCCUCUACCCUACGACGAUGACCAACCCGAAUACCGCAGCCGUGAUCGUGAUCGCGACCGAGACCGCGACCGCCGCCCAUCAUCACGCUCACCUCCAGGGCGUCGACACGCACCGCCUCCCGCCCAGCCAUCUCCCACCAUCAUCGUCCAAGGCCUGCCCGGCGACGCAACCGAGGACGACAUAAUAGACGGCUUCGCGAGCGUGUCGCCCGACCUCAAGGUGUUCAACGCGGACAAUAUCAAGACCGUCCGGCUGCGGAACAACGGGCGCGGGCGGACGAUCGGCUUCGUCGAGUUCGCCGACACCAACGCCGCCGCCCACUUCUUGGAGUUUCACUACCCCUCGCUCGAGUUCCAGCUGGCGCACUCGCGCGGCGUCAACUCAGAGCCCGUGAGCGUCAGGAUCAAUUACAGUUGGAGCAGAGACGACGAGGGCUACGAUCGAGUCAGGGAGGAUAGGCCCAGGGACACGGAGGAUUGGAAGUGUGCUGAGUGCACUUAUAUGAACUAUGGCUCAAGAACACGAUGUCACAGAUGCCGUGCCGAUAAGCCAGAAGGGCAUUAUCGCAGGAGAGAUGAGUCCGCUUCCUACGGGCCAAAGCUAACAGGCGAGACGGAUGAGGAUCCACAGCAGUUACCAUCGCAGUAUGUUGUCAUUCGUGGCCUAGAGCCUUCGGUGACAGAGGAAAUCUUUGCAGAAGGCGUCAAGAAACUCUACAUUGAAUCAAAGCCGGAGCCAAAGAAAGAGACGCAAAACAAGUUGAAGUCGACAGCGCCUACGGCGAGGACAGCAAGUCUUGGCGCAAAACCAGACUCUCUUCGGCGAGUCUUCCUCGUGCGAGACAAAAAGACCAAUGACGCGAUGAGAUACGGUUUCGCAGAGUUUGCCACGCUUGAAGAUGCCCAAGGUGCGAUGGAGAAGUUCAAGGCAUCGCCCAAGUUUGCCAUUUCCUCGAAACCGGUCACGGUGGCUUUCAUCCAUACUGGUGUUUUCAUACCUCAUGCUGGCCGUAUCACGGACGAGAACAGCAGCUUCCUCUUCCAUCCCAUCUACAAUAAGGACAUCCUCCUCAAAUACUGGGACAACCGAGUCUAUCCCAGCAUAUUGAGGGUGUCUGAUGACACAGAUGCAGCCAAGCAGAGCCGUGCGGACAACGUGGGAAAUUCUGAGAAGCCUGGCGAUGAUGCCAUGAACGUGCAGGACGCGUCUGCAAAGAAGCUGAAGAAAUUCAAGAUGGUUCAGCCUGCGGCGAAACCUGCGAUGGUUAUGGGCCCACAAAUGCAGAUGUGGGCAAAGAAGAGAGCCGAGCUCGUGGGACAAGCGCAAGCCCAGGCAGAGCUCGAUGCCAAAAGCGCCGCAUCGAGUCCGGCUCCGAGUGAGAGGGGCCUGGGCUCCGCGCGCGCGCAGGCAAAGGACUCGUAUGUUUCGUACGGUGACACAGACAAUCUGUCCUGUCUCCUGUGCCUGCGAAAGUUCGAUUCGCUGCUCGCCCUACGUGAUCACGAAGUGCUAAACAAAAAUCACCUUGCAAACCUCGCUCAUGAAGGAAAGCGUGACGCAGCAGCAGAGAGACUUAGGUCCCAGGCAAAACGGCCCCAAGUCGUCACUCUUCGAGUAGCGACCGCGUCGCGGCAACCAUCAGACCUGAUAUACACAUCCUAUGCCGACAGGGAUGAACUGCAUUGCCUCGUUUGCCAGCGCAAGUUCACCAAGGCCGCCAUGCUUUCGCUGCACGAGCGUGAGAGCGAGAUGCACCGGCUGAACCUGGAGGAUCAAAGCAACAUUGACCGCGCGAUAUCCCAGCUGGCGAGGGCGGGCAAGACACCUCGCAAGAUGGUGCCAGCCAAGAACAAGGGCACACAGUACCGAGACCGGGCGAGGGAGCGCAGGCAGGCGUUCAAGCAGCCGAACGCACCGCGCAGGAAGGCCCCAAAGGAGGAUUCCGCAACGCAGGUCAAGGAGGCAGAGAAGCCCGCGGCGCCGUCCAAGGGCGCCGCACUGCUUGGCAAGAUGGGCUGGUCGGCGGGCGAGGGGCUGGGUGCCGAAGGCAGCGGGAGAACGGAUGUCAUCGCCACAGAUGUUUACGCCUCCGGUGUGGGCCUGGGCGCCGAAGGCGGCCGGCUUGGUGAUGCGGCGGAGGAAGCGGCGAGGAAGACCAAGGACAAUUAUACUGACUUUGUGGAGGUUACGAGGAACAAGGCGAGGGAGAGAUACGAGAGACUGGGUUGA